AAAAUGGCCUUAUUCUGUGACUGCGUGCUUAACCCCUCCUUACUCUUCUCUGCAACAGGUUCCUCUCCUCCAUUGCCACACCACCGCAAUCACCGGAGGCGGAGGCGACCACCGGCGAGCACUCAGCUCCCUCCGGCCACCGCCUGCCUCGUCGUGGCUCCCCAGUGACUCCCGCGAUCGUGCGCCUCCGUGGCCGCCGGACGCGGCUCUAUACAAAGUAAGCCUCGAGGAACAGGAGUAGAGCCCCUGGUUGCGGGUUGGGGCAUCAAGGAUGAGCGGGAGGAAGAAUGCCGGCAAGGCCUCCCCCUGCCUGCUCAUCCUCAUCUCCUUCGGCUGCUUCUUCGCGACAUACAACUUCCUGACGAUGCUGGGCCACGGCCGGAGCCGGGACGGGCCGCGCAAGUUUCUCGGCGGCGGCGGCGAUCGGGACAUUGCUGUCCCGUUCGGGUCCGGGUCAGACCCGGCAAAGAGGUUCCAUGUCGCGCUGACGGCGACGGACGCGCUGUACAGCCAGUGGCAGUCGCGGAUAAUGCACUACUGGUACAAGGAGAUGAGGGACCGACCUGGGUCGGAUAUGGGCGGCUUCACAAGGAUCCUUCACUCGGGAAAGCCGGAUGGGUUGAUGGAUGAGAUACCCACCUUGGUGGUUGACCCCCUUCCUGAAGGGAAGGAUCAGGGUUACAUUGUCUUAAAUAGGCCUUGGGCGUUUGUCCAAUGGCUGCAGAAAGCAAAGAUCACGGAGGACUAUAUACUUAUGGCGGAGCCAGAUCACAUCUUUGUGAGGCCUUUGCCAAACUUAGCCCAUGGUGAUGAACCUGCAGCGUUUCCAUUUUUCUACAUCAAACCAACUGAGAAUGAGAAGAUAUUAAGGAAGUUCUUUCCAGAAGAAAAAGGUCCUGUGUCAAAAAUUGAUCCUAUUGGCAACUCCCCAGUGAUCAUCAAGAAGGCCCAGCUUGAGAAGAUUGCUCCAACCUGGAUGAAUGUUUCAUUGAAAAUGAAAGAAGAUCAGGAGACAGACAAAGCUUUUGGAUGGGUCUUGGAAAUGUAUGCAUAUGCUGUCGCUAGUGCAUUGCAUGGUGUUCACCACAGUCUCCGUAAAGAUUUUAUGAUUCAGCCUCCUUGGGACCUGAAAUCAGACAAUACAUUCAUCAUCCACUAUACAUAUGGAUGUGACUACACAAUGAAGGGUCAGCUAACUUAUGGGAAAAUUGGAGAAUGGCGUUUUGACAAAAGAUCUUAUCUUCGAUCACCACCACCAAGAAAUCUUUCACUACCCCCUCCAGGAGUUCCUGAAAGUGUGGUCACCCUUGUGAAGAUGGUCAAUGAGGCCACUGGAAACAUUCCAGGGUGGGAUGACGAGAGAUAAUUGAAGAUUUUGCUGAGUUAUGUUUUUGUUGGAGAACAUCGAAUUAUAUCAUCGGUCAAUAAGAAGAAGAGCAUUCAAUUCAUUUCUCUAAAGUGGAGUAGUGUUUGAGAAGAAAAAGAUCAGUCACUUAACGUAGGAGUACUGUAAAGCAGAAAUAUAGGCUUUUGGUUACUCCUCUGGUUCAUUUAUAGGGUAUUUGGUUUGAAGAAUGAGGUGAUCCAUCAUUACCUCAUUCGUAACCUACAUGUUUGGUUCGAGGAAUGGAAUCGGUUGAUCAUCACCAUCUCAUUUCUCACAAGCAUAUGGUUAAUAUAAGCAUGAGGGAUGAUGUCACCCUACCAAAAUUCAUGGGAUGAACUUAUGAUGGAUUAUCCUAUCUAGGAUGGGUUUAUCCUUCAAACCAAACACCCCAUUAAUUGUGUUGUUAAGCAGAAAUGUAGUUUAGAGUCCUCCAAUGCAUAUCAUGAGAGAUUUACUAGUCCUA